AUCGUUAGUUGUUUUACAUGGCGUAACGUUAGAAAAGCCAAUAUCUUAAAUGUAUGGAUUUAUUUUGUUUAAUCUUGUUAAAUGGAAACAGUCAGAUCUGAACCGUUCCUGUUAGAAAUAGAUAUAUCGUUCUAGAGCUACACACCUGGAGAAUUUAUCCGAUAACGAUAGCAAAGUGUAUUCGUCAUCUCAUUAGCGGGAAAAAAUCUCUUGCGAAACUAAGAGUGUUAAAAUUGUUUAUGAAUCAGUAUUCUAAAUAGUAGAAUUCAACAAACGUUCAUAAUAACAAACAGUUUGUUUCUUUAUUUCACUGAUUUUAUGGCAAUUCAACGUGACAUAAGAAUAUGGAACUAUCCAAUGGUAGCUUUACUUGAAAGAUAAGGUCAAGGUCGCAAAUGUUGUGAUUCGGAUGCAAGCGUCUGCAAAAUGAAGUUUGAACUUAUUUUAUCUUGAUAAUACAACUGAUUAUGGCUAUAUUUCGGUAUUUAACCUUUCAUAUAUUCAUUUGUCUCAUAUAUGUGACAGUGUCAAACUCGGAAAUUCAUCGCGCGAAACCGAAUGGGCAGAAAUAUGGAGUGAAAUCUUCUUACUCGCAGGACGAGUCUUACGUGGCGGAGACACUUGAUAUUUUGGAGGAAGAUACUUUGUCAGAGGAUACUGAAAAAAGGACUAUGUAUGACUCAAAACUUGAAACAUGGAUUUUCUCAAUAUUUGGAGCUAUGUUAGUCGGAUUGAGUGGGAUAUUUCCACUUCUUGUGAUACCUAUAGAGGCAGGCCCUGCACUGAAACAUGGAGCUGCUGCAGCCCGUCUCAAACUGUUGUUGAGUUUUGCUGUAGGUGGACUACUGGGGGACGUCUUUCUUCAUUUGUUACCAGAAGCCUGGGCACACCUUCAUGCUGUUGGCGGUGGGCAUGAUGCACAUACAAGGCUUGGACUGUGGGUGAUUACCGGCAUGUUGUCAUUUCUUAUUAUAGAGAAAAUUUUUGCAAAGGAGGAUGAAUUUGAACAUUUACAAGACGAAUGUGCUGAGGCAGAAGAACAUGAGAGACUACAUGAAGCAGACUACCAGUGUCAGCCAUUACAUAAAGACUUGAAUGGUUCUACAAACUUCCACACAGACUGUGUAGCCAACAGAACCAGACAGAGAACCCAACUAAGUCAAAACCAGACUGGUUCUUCAAAUAGUGAUAGAAAAAAUAUGAGAACCAAACAAAAACUUGACAAUAAGACUGGUGCUAAAAGUAAUGACACAGACAGUGUUCUUAACAGAACUAAUAAGCAGACUGCUCAGAAUAAUUUGCCACAUAAAAGUAUUCAUAAAGCAAAUGGUGCUGUAAUUAGCAAACAAGAAGAUACUCAACCAUCCAGUAUAAAGGUUAGUGGAUAUCUAAAUUUAGCAGCAAAUGUGAUAGACAAUUUUACACAUGGCCUUGCAGUCGCAGGAGGCUUCUUAGUCAAUAGUAAGGUUGGUUGUGUGACAUUAUUUGCAAUAUUAUUACAUGAGGUGCCACAUGAAGUGGGUGACUUUGCGAUAUUACUGCGGUCAGGUUUUGACAGAUGGAAAGCUGCAAAAGCACAGGUAUGCACAGCUGCUAGUGGGGUUAUUGGUGCAUUGACUGCGCUCACUGCUGAUUCUGCUUGGGAUGCUGGUGCGAGUACUGUGUGGAUACUGCCAUUUACAUCAGGGGGAUUUAUAUACAUUGCUCUUGUCACUGUUGUACCAGAUCUGCUGGAGGAAAUACAUCCAAAGGAGUCAAGCAAACAGAUUUUGAGUUUACUAGCAGGUAUAGCAUCUAUGUAUGUUGUUACAUGUGUACAUUAAUGUAGAUGCUACAAGAGCUGAAACCGAAGAUUUCCUGGCAGAAAUGAAAACAUGGUUUAUACAUUCGGAUAAGAUUUGAAGUACCGUACACGUGAUACAACUGAGUAGCAGAAAAGUUUCACAGUAUCCUUGUAGUGGACUACAGGAAACACUUGAAAUUGGAAUUAACCUGUUGGUUACGUAAUUUUUUUUUCUUGGGGGAAUUUUUUGGCAGUAAGAUGAAGAAAAACAGAUAACAGAAGAUCUACCAGACUGAUUUAGGGACUUUACUUUGCUAAAAUUGUUGUCUUUAUUAAAUCCUUGUAUUAUAACCGCUAUGCCUAAUUAAAGCUCUCCAGCAGUUAAUAUAUUAUUUUCAUAUCACACAGAAUUGGGAAUCUCUGUGGAAUGACUGUGUUGUUUUACUGGAUCUUUGAUUGUGGAAGAAUGAUUUCAAUAAUGAGCCGCGCCAUGAGGAAACCAAUAUAGUGCGUUUGCGACCAGCAUGGAUCCAGAGCAGCCUGCACAUCCACGCAGUCUGGUCAGGAUCCAUGCUGUUCGCUUUAAAAGCCUAUUGCAAUUAGAGAAACUGUUAGCGAACAGCAUGGAUCCUGGCCAGACUGCGCGGAUGCGCAGGCUGGUCUGGACUAUGUUGGCUUUCUCAUGGUGCGGAUAAAAUCAUUUUUACUUUUAGUAAUACACACUGCUACAAUUUUACAUACAAGACAGAGUAGAAUUGAACUCAGAUAUAGCUAUGCCUUUGUGAGGUUAUUUGGUGGAAUAUUUGACCUCUCUGUUGUGUGAUGUUAUAUGAUAUUUUGGUUGAAAUGUGAGUGAAAUUAAUUUUAGGCAUUUUGUUUAACCAUAGAAUUUGGACAAAGGGGGGAUUUAUUUUGGCCAGAUAGUAUUAAAUCUAUUUGUAAAAGUUAAUAUUUUGGGUAUUAUAUACUAAAUUGUUUCAAGAAUGACUGUAAAAGAUUAGUUUUUUUGGGGCAGUGUGUGUUUAAGCAUUUUAUAAAGGUGUCAUUUUGUACAAAAUUCUAUGUAGGCAUGAAAGCCAUGUUUGAUAUGAAAUACGAAAAUUGUUACGAUUUCUCUUUAGAAACAGAUUUUUAAUUUAAUUUGCCAACUUUGAAAGAAACAUGUACUGUUGUUACUGUUAAAGGUAUUAGCAACCUGUCCAAUGUUGUUAGUGUAUAACGUAGUUCAAGCAGAAAUCCAUUGUUAUCUACCUAUUUUUACUUUUUUAUCCAUUGUUAUUCUAAAAUAGUUAUGUGAUGUUAAUGUUUGUUCAAGAAAAAGGGGUAAUUGCUUGUCAUAAUUGCAUUGUUGUUAAGAGUGUAAAAUCAAAAUGCUGUUGAGCGCACCCCAUACCUGUAUGAAGAAGAUGGGGUACAUUGUAUUGUUCCAGUCAGCCAGUAGACUCGUUGCUUUCUGGUCAAUACCUAGAGAAUCCUUUGGCAUACAGUGGUCAAACUUCAUAGGAUGAGUGUAUAUGGUCACAAGAUGGCCUCUGUUGCUUUGGGGUCAGUUGGUCGAAAGUUGAAGAGCAACAACUUGAGAAUGAUAUGCCUAAGGCGUGAAAUUUCUUAACCUUUGGGUCAAAGGUCAAGGUCACAUCUUACCAGAGACUGUAAAUUACGUACUCAUUUACAUUUGGCAGGUCAUCAGUAUUUGAAAUAAAGCAUAGAUUAUUAGAAUAGUGUUCAAGAGACUGUGUCAUUUGAUCAAGUACAAAACAGAUUUUACUUUUUAGCUCGACUAUUCGAAGAAUAGGGGAGUUAUCCUACUCGCUCUGGCGUCUGCGUUAGCGUCACACAAAUGUUAAAGUUUGUGUACCACCUCAAAUAUUUUCAAAGUCCAUUGAGGUAUUGCUUUCAUAUUUUGCAUACUUGUUUACCAUCAUGACCCCAGUCUGUAAAAAGGAGGAGGCAACUCUAUCAAGCAUUUUGACUGAAUUAUGGCCCCUUUUCGACUUAAAAUAUGCAUACUGUAAUCUUAAAGUUUUACUCAUAGCUUAUAUUGUACUAUCAAGUACUGAGAAUAGUCGAGCACGCUGUCCACUGAAGCUCUUGUUUUAAGUUAGGGGCUUAGAUAAUGAUAUUAGAGAAAAAUGAAAAGCUGUUUUAAGCUGAACAUUUUUUUUGGAAUUCAUGAUUUAAGAGAAAAUGGUUACUGCAUAGAAUUGUAUGUCAUUGCAUUAAAUACCGGUAGUAGCACUUUUAUAUAUUUUUAUAGAUAAUAUUUUGCUAAAGAAAAUUGUGUUAGCAGAGUUACUUUAGGAAAUAUUUUAUACAAACAGAAUAUACGUUAUUUUUCUAAUUUUUAAGUAUUUAUGCUUGACAUAAUAUGGUAAUAUCAGAUAUAUUUGUGUAACCAUAAUUUUGCAGAUUUAGUAAAUUUACAUCGGGUUUAGUCUCCCAGUAAGCAUAAAUUUUUCUAUGAAAAGUAAAUAAAAUGCAUGUUAUACAGAAGGAUUUAAUUUUUGCAAAAUUAUAUAUAGCAAAAAUUUAUCCCUUGCAGAUAUUUUUGAUUUUACGGAAGUUGUAAUAUAUGGCUCUUUUGAAUGUGUGCAAUAUGUUUAAUGACAAAUUUAAAUUGAUUUAGUGCUGUAUGUUAUAAACUUAACUACAUUAUAAACACAAGUUUUAUAUACUCACACAAAUCAUAUAAUUUCAUGGAUGUAAAUUUUAUUUCAUAAAUUUUGCCUUUCUAUUUAGGACACAAAUUCAUAGAUUUUUAAUGAUAAAGGCUCAAUAAAUAGGGACUUUAUACAUGUAUAUGUUUGUUUGGAUUGAAUUUCAUAGAUUGAGGCAAUUACAAAAUGCAUGAAAAUUAAUCUCUCACGAAUAUUGCUGAAUUCAUAGUACAAAAUGUACAUAGGUCUGGGCUACUGCAAGAAUAUAAUUGUGUUGGAAAUAUAUCUAGUCAUGUGCUUUUUUAUACAGUGUCAUUCAGAAUUCCUUUUAUACUAUGUUUAAUUCUUAAAGUAAGGCAAAAAUGAAAUUUCUUGAAAAAAUCGUAUUGAUUUGAGAAUCUUUUCUUGGUAGUCAAAAAUUUAAAAGCCUAUCAAACAGAACUUACAAGAUCUGAGCUCCCAAAUAGUGCUUUAAAGGAUUGUCAUAUACUAGUAUCCAGAAAUAGUGAGAAAUAGUUAAAAUGAAACAAAUGAUUUUCAGAAAUCUAUUGUAAGCAUAUUUUGUGGAUUUUAGAUUUGUGUCAUGCACAAGUUCUGCAGUGGAAAUAUUGACUCAAGAAGUACAAAAUUUCUCUGUUAAAGAACAGAUAUAUUAUUCCUUGCAGUAAAGUUAAAGUUAAUUUUACUGCUUGCUUAGUAACUCUGAUAGAUGAUAUGAGCCGUGCCAUGAGAAAACCAACAUAGUGG